CUCUCUGCUGCCCCCAUCAGGUCUGGAGAAUCCACACAUUUAUGUGAUUUUACUGCAAGCUUUGGCUUGUGCACAACCGGACAGGUUCACACUCUCUGGAAUAUACUGGAGUUUAAAUUUGAGAUGAAGGGGAGAACAGCUGGGACAUCUGAAGCCAAAGGAAGAGUGUGGGAGGUGGUGUAAAGUGAAAGUUAAGCAUUGUGGAGGGAGCGGACCAGAGACUCCACCAUGGCAGGAGAUGAAGUUCGGCAGAGGAAAGGAGGUGGCCGCAAGAAGCCCAAAAAGGGGAAAGGGAAGGGGCAGGGUGGUUUGGAUCGGACUGGCAGUCUAGAGGGGCAGAAUGACCUCCUGUUACCCCCUCCCACCAUACCACUCAAAAAGCCUGUGGAAGACAGGCCCAAAACAGCCCAGGCUAAGAUAGAGGAUGAGUCGGCUGUUUCUAUCUGCCUGCAGGUGCUGUUCCCCUACCUGCUUGCUGGGAUGGGGAUGGUGAUGGCAGGCAUGGUGCUGGACAGUGUGCAGCAUUGGGAUGUGUUUAAAGUGAUCACAGAAGUGUUCAUCCUGGUACCUGCUCUGGUCGGGCUCAAAGGAAACCUGGAGAUGACUCUAGCAUCUCGUCUCUCUACUGCUGCUAACACCGGACAGAUGGACGACCCCAAACAGCAGUGGCUCAUGAUGACCUGUAAUCUUGCUCUCAUUCAGGUUCAGGCCACUGUGGUGGGCUUCCUGGCAGCUCUUGCGGCCGUAGGUCUUGGUGCUCUGUCCAGAGGGGGUGUAGAGCUGGACCAGGCGGCUGUCCUGUGUGCUAGCAGUGUUACCACUGCAUUUGUGGCAGCUCUGUCCUUAGGUCUGGUGAUGAUUGGUGUGAUCAUUGGCUCCAGGAAGGUGGGCAUCAACCCUGAUAAUGUGGCCACACCGAUAGCAGCCAGUCUGGGAGAUCUCAUCACUCUUUCUCUGUUGGCUGGAGUCAGCAGCACACUGUUCCAGUACAGAGAUGUGUGGUACUUGUCCCCGUUGGUGUGUGUCUUCUUCCUGCUGCUCAUUCCUCUCUGGGUGCUCAUCGCUAGACGGAGUCCACAGAUUAAAGAGGUUCUGAAGUCCGGCUGGCAGCCUGUUAUAGUGGCCAUGUCCAUCAGCAGUUUCGGAGGCCUUAUUCUUGAUAAGACUGUGAGCGAUCCAAACUUUGAGGGAAUGGCGGUCUUCACACCAGUCAUAAACGGUGUGGGGGGGAAUCUGGUGGCCAUCCAGGCCAGUCGGAUCUCCACGUACCUUCAUUUGUGGAGCGUACCUGGAGUCCUGCCCUAUAAGAUGAGACAGCACUGGCCCAACCCCUGUGCCACAUUCUUCUCCUCAGGUGUGAACUCUAAGUCAGCGCGGGUGCUGUUCCUCCUGGUGGUUCCAGGUCAUCUGUUGUUUCUUUUUGCCAUUAAUAUGCUCCAAGGAGGCCACACUGCCAUCACGCCAGCAUUUAUCUGCUGCUACUUGGGUGCUGCUCUGCUUCAGGUUGGGAUCCUAAUUUAUACAGCAGACCUGAUUGUGCGUUUGAUGUGGAGGAAAGGUCUGGACCCGGAUAACUUCUCCAUCCCAUACCUGACUGCGCUGGGAGACCUGUUGGGCACGGGUUUCCUGGCCCUGUGUUUCCGUUUGGUCAUGUUAGUGGAGGAGCUCGGCUUGUAAACUGCUAGACCUCACCCCCCCACACUUCCUACUCCAGCUCCCAGUUCACGGGACCUUUGCUGCCGAGGUUGGUUGCAGUGGCUUUGGAGAUGUGAACUUGUCUGUGGGAAGCUAAAGACAGAAUAUCAGCCACAUUGUUUUUGUGCUUACAGGAUAGGUUGACUAGAAAUAUGAAAAACAUCGGCAGGUAUGUUCUUAUUACCUGACAGCCUGUUAUAUGAUUAUACUCUUGGUGUGUUGUCCUCGCCUCAGUGAUGCUGCUUUCAUACACACUAGUCGCCUGAUUACUGUAUAUUAAGGUAUAACUUUAGGUGCAAGUGUUACACAUUUUUAUGCGCCAUGUAUAAAUUGAAUUUGAAGUUAACAAGAUUUAAGACCUUAAAGGAUUCUGGGAUGUUUGUUAUUUAUUUAUUU